UGGAUUGCAUCAGCGGGUCCUUCCAGGCUAGUGGCUGUGGCGCCGAGAUCCCGGGAGCCGCAGCGCCCUUCAGGCCGCCUCCCGCUCCUCUUGCCCCGGCCGUCGCUUUUGAGUUCCGUCCUCUCUUCCCGGUUCGCCGAUGUCCGAGGAGAAGGCCAGCAGCCCUUCAGGGAAGAUGGGAGGCGAGGAGAAGCCGGUGGGUGCCGGCCAGGAGAGGCACAAGGAAGACGGCAAGAAGAAGAACAAAGAAGGGUGUGGAGAUGGAGGGCGAGCGGAGUUGAAUCCUUGGCCUGAAUAUAUUAACACGCGUCUUGAGAUGUACAAUAAACUAAAAGCAGAACACGACGCCAUUCUGGCAGAAAAAGCAGCAAAAGAGAGCAAGCCCAUCACAGUCACUCUGCCGGAUGGUAAGCAGGUGGCCGCAGAGUCCUGGAAAACCACGCCUUACCAGAUCGCGUGUGGCAUCAGUCAAGGCCUGGCUGACAACACUGUUAUUGCGAAAGUGAAUAAAGCUGUCUGGGACCUAGACCGUCCUCUGGAGGAAGAUUGUACCUUGGAGCUUCUCAAGUUCGAGGAUGAGGAAGCUCAGGCUGUGUAUUGGCACUCAAGCGCCCAUAUAAUGGGUGAAGCCAUGGAAAGAGUCUAUGGAGGAUGUUUAUGUUACGGUCCACCAAUAGAAAGUGGAUUCUAUUAUGACAUGUACCUUGAGGAAGGGGGUGUGUCCAGCAAUGAUUUCUCGUCUUUAGAGACUUUAUGUAAGAAAAUCAUUAAGGAAAAACAAGCUUUUGAAAGGUUGGAAGUUAAGAAGGAAACUUUACUGGAAAUGUUUAAGUACAACAAGUUCAAAUGUCGGAUAUUGAAUGAAAAAGUGAAUACUCCAACUACCACCGUCUAUAGGUGUGGCCCCUUGAUAGAUCUCUGCCGCGGUCCUCAUGUCAGACACACUGGCAAAAUUAAGACUUUGAAAAUACACAAAAAUUCCUCCACAUACUGGGAGGGGAAAGCAGAUAUGGAGACGCUCCAGAGGAUUUAUGGCAUUUCAUUCCCAGAUCCUAAGUUGUUGAAAGAGUGGGAGAAGUUCCAAGAGGAAGCCAAAAACCGAGAUCAUAGGAAAAUUGGGAGGGACCAGGAACUGUAUUUCUUCCAUGAGCUCAGCCCUGGGAGCUGCUUUUUCCUGCCGAAGGGAGCGUACAUUUAUAAUACGCUUAUCGAGUUCCUCAGGAGUGAAUAUAGGAAACGAGGAUUCCAGGAGGUGGUCACCCCAAACAUCUUCAACAGCCGGCUGUGGAUGACCUCGGGCCACUGGGAGCACUACAGCGACAACAUGUUCUCCUUCGAGGUGGAGAAGGAGCAGUUCGCGCUGAAGCCCAUGAACUGCCCGGGACACUGCCUCAUGUUCGAUCAUCGCCCGAGGUCCUGGCGAGAGCUGCCUCUGCGACUCGCCGACUUUGGGGUGCUGCACAGGAACGAGCUGUCGGGGGCGCUCACGGGCCUCACACGGGUGCGGCGGUUCCAGCAGGACGACGCGCACAUAUUCUGCGCCAUGGAGCAGAUUGAGGAAGAAAUCAAAGGCUGUUUGGAUUUUCUGCGUACAGUGUAUGACAUAUUUGGAUUUUCUUUUAAACUGAACCUGUCCACCCGGCCAGAAAAGUUCCUUGGCGACAUUGAAGUCUGGAACCACGCUGAGAAGCAACUUGAAAACAGCCUGAAUGAAUUUGGUGAAAAGUGGGAGUUAAACCCUGGCGAUGGAGCUUUCUAUGGUCCAAAGAUUGACAUUCAGAUUAAGGAUGCCAUUGGGCGCUACCACCAGUGUGCCACCAUCCAGUUGGAUUUCCAGUUGCCCGUCAGAUUCAAUCUGACGUUUGUGAGUCAUGAUGGAGAUGAUAAGAAAAGGCCAGUGAUUAUCCAUAGAGCCAUCUUGGGAUCCGUGGAAAGAAUGAUCGCCAUCCUCACUGAGAACUAUGGGGGCAAAUGGCCCUUCUGGCUGUCUCCUCGCCAGGUAAUGGUAGUUCCAGUGGGACCAACAUGUGAUGAUUAUGCCCAAAAGGUGCGGCAACAAUUCCAUGAUGCUAAAUUCAUGGUGGACAUCGACCUGGAUCCGGGCUGUACAUUAAAUAAGAAGAUCAGAAAUGCACAGUUAGCACAGUAUAACUUCAUCCUGGUUGUCGGUGAAAAAGAGAAAGCCAGCGGCACGGUGAACAUCCGCACGAGAGAUAACAAGGUCCACGGGGAACGCACCGUUGCCGAGACCGUGGCACGGUUGCAGCAGCUGCAGCAGGCCCGCAGCAAGCAGGCCGAGGAGGAGUUCUGAGGACGGCCCGACGGGCCCAGCGGGAGAGGAGCAGUCUGUCCGUGGUGCACAGUCACUGUGUUCUGGAGGGCGUUGGUUUGUCCUGAACUUGGAUUGUGUGGCAGAGUCUGCGUAGGUGACUGCGGGGAGGAACCUGUUUUGACCUCGACAGGUUUUAGAUAAUGUGUAUCUGCUGGAGAUAAUUAAAAGAGACUCAUUUAAAUGAUUUAUUCAUUAGUUACCUGAGCACUGGAAAUAGAUAACAAGGAAUGCUUUAGUGUGAUGAGGGAGAACAUUUUUUAUAAAUUUAAUGCAAUGGAAAAAUAAGUUUUCAAAUUUGAUUCGGGUAAAAAGAAAGAUUAUAAUUGGAUUAUGGCAUAAAAAUAAAAACUUUAACUCGUGUAAAUUUCAAGACUUCUGACCGUCACAUACCUCCUCCCCGGAACAGAUUGCAUGAUUCAAGAUUAAUCUUUAAUGUUCUAUAGCAAACGUGUUAGGUGGGUGGAGGGGAGCGGGUCUGCAGUGUGUGUGGUCUCCAGCUGGGCCGGGAGCGAGCGCCUGCUCCCGGUGGCAGAACGGCUUCUUUUAGGAGCACUGCUCUUACCCAGCUUCUUUUUGGACAUAAACCUUUUAAACAAUUGAAGCCAACCAUGGGUCUAAUGGAGAUUAUUUGCACAGAUUUUUAAGAUACAUUCGGUAAAGGAAUAUAUGUUUAUGGCACACUGUUCUGGGCCAUUCAGUCCCUUGUUAAUACAAAUUCCCAAUACUCUCUCUCAGGAUAAUUUUUGAAUUUUGCUAUCAGUGAAUGAUGAGUGAGAGAACACCACAAAAUAAGGAAUUCCUUAUGUAGAUAGAUAUGAAUCUCUAAUGUAAUCCCUUUUAAAAGGCAACAUCUUGGCAGUUUCUAAUAUCCCAAUAGGGUGUUUGCAAGGGUCACUCAAAAGCAAAGCCAAUUGCGUAGAUUACCCCUCACUCUAACACAGGAGAUAGGAUCUUAAUCAGGGGUUUGGGGAAAUUCUGUAAUAAAGCCUUGCUUCUAAGACGUAGUCUUUGAUAGGUUUGUAAUUACUUUUUAUAUAUGUCUUGAGGGAAGCGAUAUUUCAACCAAGUCACACUACUAACAUCAAGAGCAUCUAGUGGGAAUCAUUUUAAAACUCUAUUUUGUUUUUAUUUCUUUAACCUAAAAUUCACAGUAUCUUAGUUUCGAUUUUUCUUCAGUUUUAAAAAUUUCAUAUUACAUUUUUAAUUUGUAGUCCAAACACCAACUAUGGUUUUAACUUUUGGUAUAACAAAUGUGUAACAUGGAUUUUUCUUACCUAUUUUAUACUAAAAGCAAGGACUGGCUUAUACAAUGUAUUAACAGUGUACUUGAGAUCAUUGCAGAAGCUUCAUAAAUCCUUCAGAACUUUAAAGGUGCAAAAGUUAUUAAAGACAGAGGUUGGCAGAGCCGCGAGUGGGAAAAUCCUCUCUGUAGCAGGCCCUUAGCCUGGUCCUUCCCGGGAAACCUCAGGGAGCCACCCAGAAGGGCUCUUACAACCUGCAGGCGGCUUGUCCCAUCAAAGCUCUCUUCCCUGUGGCCUGUUGUGUUUGCUUUUCAGUCCCUUUCCUGGAAGGCAGCGGCUGUCCUAGUUACUGACUCACUCACCUGUUCUGUUCAGGCUUACGACAUAAUGGAAAGACUCCCAACUGCUAAGCCUCUGUGAGCGUCUAGUCUACUGAGAGUCAUCUUGGUAAUCAAAUAUACAGGGACGAUUUGAGAACAAUGACAAAAAGUUGCAACCUCCGUGUGAUAAAUUCUGUAAAGAUGGAUUUUGUGAAGAAAUAGGUGCCCCAAACAAAGCAGGUACCAAAAUGUAUAAAACAGGCCAGGAGGAUGGAGCUGUGGGUUACCAGUAGAGGCGAGCGACAAGGGUGGAGGACCCAGAACAGUGACCUGAGGUCACAUUUGAAGCGCCGGUCACCAUGUGCCGCGUGACCCCUUGCUUCACCUUUACUACAGCGAUGGGCACCGGCCGGGGCACCGGGACUGCUGGGCCAGCGCUUUUCAAGUUCACGGGCAUAGAGGUGGGAAAUGCAGAGCCUCGUUCUGUAGGUCGGGCCAGGUCUCAGGAUUCUGCACCCAGCAAGCUCCGAGUAGGUGCUGAGGAGCACACUGGGGAGAAAGCUCUCAUUCCCACUCUGACUUGCCUUCUCUCUCCCGCCUUAAAAAAAUCAAAGAGCAAUAAAAGGCUCGCAAGGAAAGCAGCCUCUUGUCCGUGUGACCCUGUGGGUACCAUCCCCAGGCAGCUGCCUCCCGCCAUGCUGGUGUGCGGCUCCCGCCCGCCAUGCUGGUGUGCGCCUGCCGCCCGCCAUGCUGGUCUGCGCCUGCCACCCGCCAUGCUGGUCUGCGCCUCCUGCCAUGCUGGUGUGCACCUCCUGCCAUGCUGGUGUGUGGCUCUGCUCCAGUUCUUGACUCUCACUGUUAGAGCCGCUGCAUCUACUGUGCCAGCAGAGGAGGGUUUCAGUCACCUCAUUUCCCCUCCAGGCUUCCGAUGUAUCUUAGCUUCCUGUUAGAGCCAUACCAGUGUCCUUGUUCUAUGUCCGUGAAUAGGCUCUAAGUUACUAGUAAGUAGUAUCCUAUGAUUUCUCCUAGUACUUUUUUACUGGGCUUAAAAAUGAUCCCUUUAAAAAAUAUAUUGUAAUAGCUAUGUACCAGCCAGGGAGGAGAGGGGUACGUGAAAUAUCACGGGGACCAUUCUGUGCCGUGUCUGAUUGUCUAACUCUAACCAAUAUGUUGUCCACCUGAAACUAAUACAGAAUAAUAUCGAAUGUGCACUAUAAUUGGAAAAAAAGGAAAAUUGUAUGUUACAUGUUUUUCAUCACAAUAAAAAAUAAAAUAUUUUCUUUGA